CAGACGCGCGAGGAAGGCACCUGAACAAUGAAAUCCCUAUUCAGAGGUCUCGUCUGUUGCCUCUCAGUGUUGGCAUUGGAAGUUUGCGAAACUUACUGUAGGGUCAGUGAAGAACAAGCAGAGCGUAUUUUAUCCCAAAGUUAUGCACAGAGUAGAUACCGACAACGUGCUCCUCAUCGUGUACCGACAUCGGAGAGAACCCUCAAUCCUCAAGGGGCAGGACCAAAUUGCAUAAGCCGACCCCUGGACUUGGUCUUCAUCAUCGACAGUUCCCGUAGUGUGCGCCCAAUUGAGUUUGAGAAGGUCAAGAUCUUCCUGGCCGACAUGGUGGACACAUUGAACAUCGGCCCGGACGCCACUCGGGUCGCUGUUGUCAACUACGCCAGCACAGUAAACAUCGAGUUCCUGCUAAAGACCUACCUCAACAAGGCCGACAUGAAGAUGGCCCUGUCACGCAUCGAACCACUGGCGGCUGGCACCAUGACUGGCCUGGCCAUCAAGACCGCCAUGGAACAAGCCUUCACCGAGCAGUCCGGCGCUCGGCCGCGUGACAAGAACAUCUCUAAGGUGGCCAUCAUCGUCACUGACGGCCGGCCUCAGGACCAGGUGGAAGAGGUGUCUGCUGCGGCUAGAGCCUCGGGGAUUGAGAUCUAUGCCGUAGGGGUGGAUCGAGCCGACAUGAGGUCCCUACGCCUUAUGGCCAGCAACCCACUGGACGAUCACGUCUUCUAUGUCGAAACCUACGGUGUUAUAGAGAAGCUGACCUCAAAGUUCCGGGAGACCCUGUGUGGUCUGGACUCCUGUGCUCUGGGACAUGAAUGUGAGCAAAUUUGUAUCAACAGCAUCGACAGCUAUUACUGCAGGUGUCGGGAGGACUUUGUCUUGAACGAGGACAUGAAAACUUGUUCUAAGCAAAGCGGGUCUCGGGCCUUACGUGUUACAGGUCAUGACUCCUGCGCUCUGGGACAUGACUGUGAGCAUAUUUGUGUGAACGACAACGGCGAUUACUACUGCAGGUGUCGGGAGGGCUUUGUCUUGAACGAGGACAUGAGAACUUGUUCCAAGCAAAGUCUUGACUCCUGUGCUCUGGGACAUGACUGUGAACACAUUUGUGUCAACAACAUCGACAACUAUUACUGCCAGUGUUGGGAAGGCUUUGUCUUGAAUGAGGACAUGAAAACUUGUUCCAAGCAAAGCGGGUCUCAAGCCUUACCUGUUCCAGGUCUGGACUCCUGUGCUCUGGGACAUGACUGUGAGCAUAUUUGUGUGAACGACAACGGUGGCUUUUACUGCAGGUGUUGGGAUGGCUUUGUCUUGAACGAGGACAUGAAAACUUGUUCCAAGCAAAGCGGGUCUCGAGCCUUACUUGUUACAGGUCAUGACUCCUGUGCUCUGGGACAUGACUGUGAGCAUAUUUGUGUGAACGACAACGGCGACUAUUACUGCAGGUGUUGGGAGGGCUUUGUCUUGAACGAGGACAUGAAAACUUGUUCUAAGCAAAGUCGUGACUCCUGUGCUCUGGGACAUGACUGUGAGCAUAUUUGUGUCAACAACAAUGACGACUAUUACUGCAGGUGUCUGGAGGGCUUUGUCUUGAACGAGGACAUGAAAUCAUGUUCUAAGCAAAGUGGGUCUCGAGCCUUACUUGUUACAGGUCGUGACUCCUGUGCUCUGGGACAUGACUGUGAGCAUAUUUGUGUGAACGACAACGGCGACUAUUACUGCCGGUGUCUGGAGGGCUUUGACUUGAAUGAGGACAUGAAAACUUGUUCUAAGCAAAGCAGGUCUCGGGCCUUACUUGCUACAGGUCGUGACUCCUGUGCUCUGGGACAUGACUGUGAGCAUAUUUGUGUGAACGCCAACGGCGACUAUUUCUGCAGGUGUUGGGAGGGCUUUGUCUUGAGCGAGGACAUGAAAUCUUGUUCCAAGCAAAGUCUGGACCCCUGUGCCGUGGGACAUGACUGCGAGCAUAUAUGCGUCAACAGCAAUGCCUCAUAUUAUUGCAAGUGUCGGGAGGGCUUUGUUUUGAACGAGGACAUGAAAACUUGUUCCAAGAAAAAAGAGGUAAGGGCGGAGCUGUCAGUAGACCCUUGCAAGUGCGAGGCUCAGCUGGCCUUCCAGAGAGCAGUGCAGUCCUCUCUCCGGGACCUGACUGGCAGACUAGAUGACAUCACAAGGAGAGUUGACCAGAUUGAGAGCGGAAUGCGUAAUUUCUAAAAGAAGAGAUAGCUGGUGUUUUCCCUGGGGGAACCAGUAUCACCAAGCAAACCUGAUUCCGUCUAUUACGUAAUCUGCUGCCAUGCUACACCUUUAAACCAAUCACUAUAGCUAUGUACUGUACGCGUAUUAUAGGACUGCAUUCUCUAUUGCAUCAGCAGACUGAUAUCAACAACUCCUAUGAAAUAUCAAUGCCACAACUCAUGAUGUUGGUGGUGGUGUGAGGUUUUUAUUGACAUGCCAUCCUAUUUAAUUUUUGCAGGAGUAUAAAAGAGGUGCUAAUUACACAAGCAAUACAGUUAGAGGAAAACGUGGGAAGUGUCAGCCUCGAUGUGCUGUGUUUUGUAUAUGUAAAAUGUAUUCUAUUUUUAUUAACAUUGUAUUGUGUGAUAAUAAACAAUCGCUGGAGAA